AUGUCUUUUGACGGAGAAUUGGCAGCGCUACGACAACAAGUAGAAAAUUUUCAAAAUCUUAAUGCUUUGGUUCAUGAACAACUUGAACGUACCAAUAAAGAGAACUCUACAUUAGCGGAUGACAAUAACUUUCUACGCAAAAAGAAUUAUUCUCUUCAGCAGGAAAUUACAAGUAAUCAUAAUGCAUAUACACGGAUUGAAUCUGAACUUUAUCAACAAGGACAGGAAAAAGAAGAACUAAAAAAAAAAAAUGAAGGCUUUUUGAAAACCAAACAAGAAAUAGAACUGAAAUUGAGGGAGGAGACGGAAGCUUUUGACAAGGAUCAACAUGGAUGGCAAGUGCGAGAGUCCGAAUUGACCGAUCAAAUUAAAGCGCUUCAAGAAACCAUUAAUACUCUUAAGCAACAAAAUGAUGCUUCGAAAAAGAGGAAUGGGAACACAAGUUCUAAUGAUGAUGACAGUCCACCUUCGUCACCAACAACACCUACAGCAGGAUCAGCGACAUCGUAUUAUACGGCUGUCCGAGAAGUAAAGGUUGCUAAAAGAACCAUUAAAGAACUUGAGAGGCGUGUUAAUGAGCUGGUCACAGAAGUUGAAAACAUAGAACGGAUGCGCGUCAACUCAAUGAAUUUAAACAAGGAUCAUGUCGCCAGGAUUCAUUAUUUAGAAAAUGAACUUGGUCAAGUUAAGCACAUUAAUCAGACAUUAAUGGAAGACAGUGAAAGAUAUCGACAAUUAUUACAUGAAAAGACCAUGAAAGGCGAGUUUGUGCUAGAUAAUAUCAUGCAGGGAAAUGCAAAGUAUACCAACAUAGCAGAAAAAGUGACAAAUUUCACAAAUAAAGAUGAUGCAAUAGUCAACAUAAAAUCUAUGGCCAUAGAUUUGGAAGCCGAAUUAAAUCGUGCUACGCAUAAAGGGAGUGACCAUACAGUGAUUGAAAAAUUACAAGAUGAAAUAAAAGCACUUAAAGAUUCCAACAAGUCGAUGUCUCUUUAUAUUAACAAGAUUCUCAAUCGUAUAAUGGAAGCUAAAGGUUUCGAGGAAAUUUUGUCUAAAGACUGGUCGGCAAAAAAAGAGACACCGCUUACUUUACCAGAAACUUCAUUAAGUCAGCAACCUGUAAAAAAGAAAACGGGAAGACGAAAAACUUUUAGUUUUGUUAUAGGUCGUAGAACAUAA